ACCUCCCCCUAUACGGACAGGAGCGGCAGAAAAUCCAGACGUUGCGGGGGAAGCUCGAAUACACAGGGUGCUGAUGCUGCGAUAGCGUUGAGAUUGUACAGCCUCCUUCUACCGUUCAAUACGUUUCCUUUGGCUAUACCAAUACGCAACGAAAGGACCACCAUAGUAAACAUUUGGCACGGUGGUUAUUUUAUAGAAGAUUUAAAUUUUGGAUGCUGCUGGUCACAUCCUUCUAUCUUUUUUCUUGUAUUCCUAGACUGGGUCCAGAGUCCUUAGCAUCUCUCUGUGGCUAGGGAGUGGCUGCAGUUCACAGCACGAACCUGGCUCCCACGUCUACAGACUCUCCCCUCUAGUACCACAACAGGGGCUGUGACCUCGACCCCAUCUGGGGUUUGGCUGCCGCAGUCUGGAAGCUAGGAGGUAAGGAUGGGAGGAAGCUCUCGGCAGUCUGAGGCCUGACACGCUGACUGAAGCCUCCUGCAGCAGGGGUUUUUCCUGAGUUCACAUACCCAAGAGAGACAGAGAGAUGAGCAUGUUGAAGCCGAGUGGACUGAAGAUCCCCGGUCGGGGGGCUAAGCAUGCCAGCCCAGUAAGCCGGUCCUCCGCAGGGUCUGCUUCCAGUACCUCGGCCCAGAAGGAAGGCUCCCCUCUUCACAAGCAGCCCUCCCUGAACACCGCCGCUGCCACAGACAAGCCCAGCUCCAGGCUUGAGGUCGGGGACGAGGUGGCGGGGGACUUCGUGGUGGGCGAGCGGGUCUGGGUGAAUGGGGCGAAGCCGGGCUGUGUCCACUACCUCGGGGAGACCCAGUUUGCACCAGGCCAGUGGGCUGGCGUGGUUCUGGACGACCCCGUGGGUAAAAACGACGGCUCGGUUGGAGGGGUUCGAUACUUCGAGUGCCAGCCUCUGCAAGGCAUCUUCACCAGGCCCUCCAAGCUGACCCGGCAGCCCAUGGGAGACGGGAGUGACUCCCACUCCACGGAGUCGCUCACCACCCAGAAUCUCACCCUCCACGGGGGCUCGGGGGCCAGCCCUGUGCACCCUGCCCAGCGAGUGAUCCUGCCACUCAGGGAGAGCGUUCUCAACAGCUCCAUGAAGACGGGCAACGAGUCUGGCUCUAACCUCUCCGACAGCGGCUCCGUCAAGAAGGGAGACAAAGACUUGAGAGUGGGAGACAGAGUGCUGGUGAGUGGCAGAGUUCUGGUGGGCGGCACGAAGACGGGCGUGGUGCGCUAUGUGGGCGAGACGGACUUUGCAAAGGGCGAGUGGUGUGGGGUGGAGCUGGAUGAACCCCUGGGAAAAAAUGAUGGAGCCGUAGCUGGAACCAGGUAUUUCCAGUGCCCCCCCAGGUUCGGCCUCUUCGCUCCCAUCCACAAGGUGAUCCGGAUCGGCUUUCCCUCCACAAGCCCGGCCAAGGCCAAGAAGAGCAAGCGCAUGGCGAUGGGGGUCUCCUCACUGGCCCACAGCCCCAGUAGCUCCUCCAUGAGCUCAGUGAGCUCCGUCGCCUCCUCUGUGGGGGGCCGACCCAGUCGCAGUGGCCUGUUGACAGAGACUUCGUCCCGCUAUGCGCGCAAGAUCUCCGGCACCACCGCCCUGCAGGAGGCGCUCAAGGAAAAGCAGCAGCACAUCGAGCAGCUCCUGGCUGAGAGAGACCUGGAGAGGGCCGAGGUCGCCAAGGCAACCAGCCACAUCUGCGAGGUGGAGAAGGAAAUGAGCGCGCUCAAAGCGCAGCACGAGCAGUACGCUUCAGAAACUGAGUCCAACCUGCAGCAAGUGCGCACCCUGCUGGCCAGCACUCAGAAAGCCAGGGCAGAGCUGGCCAAUCAGCUAGAGGAAGAGAAAAGGAAGGUUGAAGACCUCCAGUUCAGAGUGGAAGAAGAGUCCAUCACUAAAGGAGACCUUGAGACUCAGACGAAGUUGGAGCAUGUCCGUAUUCGGCAGCUCGAGCAGAGUCUACUGUUCGAAAAGUCAAAAAGGGAAACACUGCAGAAAGAGUUAGAGGAGCACAGGAAAACAACAGUGGAGGAGAAAAGCAGAAUCAUGCAGCUGGAAGAAGAGCUGGCUCUGAGGAAGGCUGAGAUUGAAGAGCUGCAGCAAAGACUGAGGAGCCCCAACCCGGACGAGGCAGCGGACCCCAGCCCGGGGCUCCACACCGAAGCCUUCCUUCUGAGGGAACAACUCCUGACAGCCAGCCGCGAGCGGCACAAAGAAAGCAGCGAGCUCCGGGAGAACUAUGAAGCAGCCCUGAGCAGCCAGCAACGGGACGUCAACAGACUGAAGACAACGAUGGAGAAACAAGCCCAAGAGAUCCUAGACCUGAAGCACAAGCUGCAGCAAGCCAACAAGGAGAACAUGGGAAUGAUGGACAGCUGGAAAUCCAAGUUGGACAGCCUGGUGACAGACCACCACAGGUCUGUAGAAGAUCUCAAGCUCGCCCUGACCUCGGACGGCACGGGCAUCCAACCCAAGGAGGUCGUGGAGCUCAAGGCAUCUUUAGAGAGCCUCAAGAUGGCGCACCAACUGGAGCUGGAGAACCUCAAGGCCAAGCAUGAGAUCGAGAUGGCCGUCCAUAUCAAGGACAAGGAAGACCACAGGACUAGGCUGCAGGAGACCAGAGACGAGCUGGAGGAGAGCAACGAGAACUGGAAAAGGCAACUGGAAGCAAAGAGCAGCCAGCAUCUGCUGGAGCUCAAGAAGACCACGGAGAAGCUCCAGAGAGCUGAGCUCAGACUGUGUGAACUGGAGAAGUUUCAAGUGGAGAAUAAAGACCAGGCAAAGUCCAUUGGCUUCCUGAAGGAGCAGAUCUCUCUGUCGGAAAAGAAGAUGAUGGACUAUGAGGCUUUGCAGAAGGCUGAGGAGCAGACCAAGCAGGAGAUCAGCACUCUGCAGGAGAGGCUGCGUGUGGCUGAGAACAGACUCCAGGCCAUGGCGGCCAAUCACACUCCUCAAGAUGCAAACGUGAUAGAAAACAACGACAUCUCAGAAGAGAAGAUGAAGAUGAAUCAAAAUAUGGAAGAUGUCCUGGAGAAACUCACAAAAAGGGAAAAAGAGGUUUCCUCAAUGUCUUCCCAGAUUGACGCUCUCAAGUCUCAAGUAGCCGCCCUGGAGAGUAAGUGCAGGUCUGGAGAGAAGAAGGCUGACAUGCUGGUGAAGGAGAAGCAGCACGUCGAGGCCGAGCUGGAGGCCAGGACCAGGAAAUCCCAUGAUGCAUCGGGGCAGCUGGUCCUCAUCAGCCAGGAGCUGCUCAGAAAGGAGAGGAGUCUGAACGAGCUGCGUGUUCUCCUGCUGGAGUCCCCCCGCCACUCCCCCGGGCUGAACCGGGACCUGGGCCGUGAGGUGCACAGGGCAGACUGGAGACUGAAGGAACAGAAACUGCAGGAAGACAUCAAGGUGCUGCGGGAGAAACUCAUUCUGCUGGGCAGGGAGAAGUCUGUCCCUGAGCAGCGGCGCUACUCCUUGAUGGACCUGGCCGCAUCGGAGACGGAGGUCCUGCGGCUGCAGCAGAGGCUCCUGAGCACUGAGGAGGCCCUGCGGAGCGCCCUGGAGCACAACCAGCAGGUGGACAAGCUAGUGGAGGCCAUGCGCACCCGUCCAGAGAAGACACAGACACCUGGGAGUCCUAGUUCUGCCAAUGGGAUUCACCAACAAGACAAGUCUUUCAAGCAGGAGGAAAUGCACUGAUGAAGAGAUGAGAGAAUGAGGACAGGGGAGGAGGUGAGCCUGCAGUUACGAAACAUGAUCCUUUGGAGAUGCUGGGGUGGAGAGAGAGAGAGAGAAGGAAAGAAAGCUGCUUUCCAUUAACAUCAAUUUGUGAAGACUUUGCAAAAACAGCAUUCUUCAAACUAAACCAGCCUAUAAACCUGGAGCCGUUUUAUCAAAAAAUCACAGAUCUCACCGUUGAAUAUGAAAUGUGAUUGAAUGUAUCUGCAUGUACCUGGGACUGUAGCUAGCAAACAACUCACAACAUUACAGACUUGCUUUCUUCAUUACAAAGCUGCUUCAGACAAUUAAAGAGACUGCUGACUAUUCCGGCCUGCUUUGUAAAACUGAUACAUGUCCAUGGUAAGGCAUUCAAAAAAGAUACCAAACCGUAACCUACUGAACCACCCAUAUAAACACCAGGCAAGCAAACCAGCAAUUUCAAGUGAAAUUGCCUCCAUUCACCAAUGCAGACAAUAAUCUGCAGAGCGUAUGAAGGCGUAUUGUUAUUGGAUAAGACUUCACCUUUCUAGGAUGGGACAGGAUUGGAAAGCGAUUUGAACUGGAGCUUCACGUUAUUCUGUUUAAUGUAUUGCACUGCCGUCCUGACAGGGAUUGAGUACGCUUCUUGUUUUUAAGUGGUUUUAAUGACACCCCUGCUAAAUCAACACAUGUUAUUCACAUGUAGAACAACAUUGUCACACCUAUACCUUUUCAAAUUCUAGUAAAGGUGUUGCAAAUUUACAUUGAAAUGUAAUGCUGGAUGACAUGAUCCCAUAUAAAACCUAUAUAAUAUCCAGGGAAGAAGCUAAACGCUACACUACAGAAUGUCAAAGUCUUUUAAACUAAUUCCACUGAUGGCUUUAAAUCCCCAAUCAACUCCCCAGUAAUGUUGUUGAAGCUGACACCCUGGGAUCCUUCAAGAAGCUGCUUGAUGAGAUUCUGGGAUCAAUAAGCUACUAACAACCAAACAAGCAAGAUGGGCUGAAUGGCCUCCUCUUGUUUGUAAACUUUAUUAUGUUCUUCUUAUGUUCUUAAAUGUCUGUUAUUUUUUUAUUUAAUUGUGGUCUCCUUUUAAGGAUUCAACAGACCAAGUAUUUUAUAGAAUAUUUACAAACUAAUUGUUUGUCUCCCUUUGCUGUCUUGGGGCUAAGAAUGAAUAUGUUUCGCCAGAUUUACCUGGCACAGGUAAGCCCACACAAUAUUGUUUUUUGACCUUGAAUUUUAUAUACAACCGUAUUAACUGCGAAGGGAAGGAUCUAGUUACAGGAUGUGAUACUAUCCUACUAUCACACAUCAAGUACUGUAAUGAGAGUAAUUCACUUUUACCCCAUCUGCUGUUUGUGUUUCUGUACUGUAAUACUGUUUUCAAUUAGGUUUUUAAUACAGUAGCUAAAAAGCUGCUUUAUUAAAUCAUGUAUCUAAUAUAGGGAUGGGCCACCGUUUCCCUGACCACAGCCUUGACAAGCGUGGCACAGACUCCACAAGGUGCUGGAAGGUGUCUGGAGGGAUGUUCAAUCCUUACUAUUUCACGCAUUGGUUCAGAGCCAUAGGCAGAGGAUUGUGCUGAUGAAUGCGUCAUUCAAGUUCAUCCCAGACAUGCUCAAUUGGAUUGAAGUCCGGAGACUGUGGUGGCCAUGGAAGAUGCAUGCAGUCCCUGUCAUGCUCCUAGAUCCAUAUUCACAUAUUCUGGCUGCAUUGUCAUGGGUGCGUUUUGAAAGUAGCAAUGGACCCAGAGUACAGUAUACCAGGCCAGGCAGUGUAUAUCCACUAUAUUCCUGUUCCUCACCUCAUGUAUUUGGCCCAGGCUCCUUGGUUUCUGGUAUUUCUGGCAGAUCAAAUUGAAUAAGCAUUCAGAAUGAAUUAUUGAAAACGGUAUUGGAGGAGCAGGCAUUUGAAAGAUCCCUUGGAGGUGGUUUGUAAAAGUGUGUUUUUUUUGUCUGCGAAUGUGGAUCACAAUCUGUAAUCUUUGGGGCCUUUGGAGAACUGAACCUGUGAAGACUUGCCUGUUUUGGUUACAAAUUGAGUUCAGAGGAAUACAAAAUGCCUUCUUGUUACUGCGCCACGCUGUUCCUGUGUCACCCCCAGUAACGUCGCUCUGUUCUUUAUUGGACACUGAACAGAAUUUCAUUUCAUUUUGAAAUACCAAGACAUUUUUCUUACCUCCUGUUAGCAUUACCAAUGUUGUCACCCUUUCUGUUGUGCGGAACAUCUUUUUCUUUUUAUUUUCCAGGAUAUGUUGAUGUUUCAAAUAUAACUUUAGUAUAAAAGUUUAAAUGGCUGCCUUCCUGGGACUGCAUCAUUUCCACCUCAUGUGCUGUAGGUCAUGUGGACAGCAGUGAAUCUGACCUAAAUCCCAGGAAAUGAUUAACUAACAGCUUGCAACAUAAUCUUGUAUAAAAGAAGUUAAAUAUUGCUUUACUUAUUAUAAAUCACCUAUGAUAAAUCAAUCGUCAGGGAUUUGUCAAACCCUCCGUACAUCUCAUCUUGUGUCUACAGUAGACAAUUCUAUAGUUAAAAAAAACAAUCUUUUAUAUUGAAUAAUACUUCCUGAGUACAAUCUUCCCUUUUAAACCAAGACGUUAUCAAAGCGGUGAUAAUGUCACCAGUGGAACAAAAUUGGUUUAAAAACUCUUUGUUAUACUCCUUUAAGACAAUGGGUUUGAAUUUAUCAUGUUUAAAAACAGGAACAAUAUGGAAGUGAUUCUUAGGCCCAAUGUAUCCUGCAAAUUAGUAUUGCCUUACCUUAAUAACCCAGCUGUAUACACUGCUAACUUUUGGUUGCCUUAUACAGUAUGUGGAUGUAAUAUUAUUAUUUUUUUGUAGCUUAGAAUGAUUUUCUCACCCAGUUUUCAGAAUAUUGUUUGGGGUUUGUUUAAGUAUAAAUGUUGACUCCUGUUGAUUUUGUCUUCCUGUGUAUAAUGCUGUAAAAAUAAUCCUAAGUGUAACUAAUGCAGAUAUGUGUCCUGCAUCCAGGCGAAUGGAUCACUGAGGUGUGGUGACUGGCACUAAACUAAUGAAAAUGGUCUGAAUUGUCAGUGAGGUUCUUGACUGUUUUGUUUCUUCAUUUUCAUUGUUAUGGUGUGGUAGACUUUAAUAGUACUGCCUGCAAUGUUUCAUAUUUUUUUAUUGUGAAAUUGAUAAAAGGGGACAGUGGCACUAGCUACAGUCACAUGAAAAGUGCGGAUUAGAGAGACUGACCAUUCUGCUGAAUUGCGUGGUGUAGUUUGUGACUCAGAGCAGCUUUAAACCCCAAGCUCCAAUUGCUUAUACUUCAGUGAAUUGGGUAGCACCCCUCCUGUCCCCUCCCCCAACCCCACACGUUCUGUUCUGUAGACUGGAGAAUGUCUUGCUGUAUAGAAGAACUCAUCUCAUCUGUAUAGAAGAACUCAAUUACGGUAUAGUAUAAUAUGAGGAAGAUUUUAACACUGUUUCAACAUACCUUGCAAUCUUCAAAUUGAAUCAGCAAUUCAUAGCUGAACGAGGACCAGCAAAAAAAUGGCCUUCUCAGUAAUUCUUAUAAUCAGGAGUCUAAGCCAAAUGCAUGCUGUCAUUUUUUAAAAUCAAAUUUCAAUUACAGUACAAUGAAAAGUAUUAUACAUUUAAAAGUACUGUGCAUUUGUUAUUGAAAAUACGGUUGUAAGUGAGCUUUUUAAAAGUAUAGAGGCCUAUGUUGCAAAAACAAUGUAGGCACCUAUACUUUUCAGCUCUUGAACAGUUGUAUAUUUCAAGUUAGCUAUAACAUUUUAUAAGUAACUUGAACGGCAACUGUUUAAGAGCUGAAAACAAGUAAAAAUAUCUACUUAAGCAAAUUAUCAGUUCAAUUAAGGGUCUUGUUAAGUAAUUGAGAGCUCAGUUGGAAUGAAAACCAGCAGCCACAGGGGGUCACCAGGACCGAGUUUGACAAGCCCUGCUUUAAAAGAUGUAUUGUUUAACAGGAACUGAAGGGGCAGCUCAAAAUAUGAGUUGGUUUCAGCUUAUUAUAUAAUUCAAACUAUAAAUAAAUUAUAAAUAUCA